AUGGAAGUGGGGGUACAUCAGCCACGAAGCAGCCACCGGAUCCCGUGCAGAGCUUCUUUCAGUUUCAAACACUUCCGCAAGGACUGCAAGGCCACGGACCCGAUGGCAUCUGCGGCGUCUUCUACCCGUGACGUGACGGUCGAGCAGAUCGCGACGCCAGACCUACUGGUGGACGAGAUCGUCGAUGACAAGCGCUUAAAAUCGCUUCGCGAGCGGCUCGCACCGGAGGCGCAACAACGAUUGCUCGAUAAAAGGCGGCAAAAGCUUACGAGGCGGCGCAGCGCAAGGGCAAGAAGACCGCCCGUGCUGCUGGAGAGGCAGCGCGGCUACGCAAUGUCGAGGUGCGGCGAAAGAUUGUUGCCGCCAAGCGCGAACGAAGCAAGCUGCGAAGGCCAAGACCCAGGCGAAGGUGGCAAUGAACCUACAGAUCCUUUCAUUUCGCUAUGUGCAAAAGAGAACCUCACAAAGGACGCCAAACAACCCCACUUCAUCGCAGCCUGCCAGAAGUGCCCAGAGGACUGCGGCUGGCGACGGUUCGACAACAGCGAACAACGCUGGCGACAGUGUGCGCGACAGCACGCCGAUCAGCGCGGGUGA